GACGGAUAUAAAGGAUCGAUGUGUCAGGGUUUCCCCUCACAUAUUCUGCCCCCCUGGAACUGCGACUGAGACCCCGAUCACAGUCUGUCUUCUAGAGCUUGGAACGGUAACCUAAAAGUUCUACACUUCAUCUGUGAUUUCAAGUUGAGAAAGGAAAACCACGAAAAUGACUGAACUACUUGAAGUGAUCAUCAAACGCAACAAGACGUUCAAGGAGCUGUUCGACAAUAAUGACAUGGAUAAACUGGCUGAUUCACUCUAUGCCCCGGAUUGCAAGAUGAUGGUGCCUGGAGAGAAGACUACAGAAGGGAACCAAGAUGCGAAGAAACUUCUGAGCACAUUGAAGGCAGAGGGCGCUCUUGCUGUAUCCUUAGGCGCCAUCGAGGUUGGUCCAAUGGGAGGAAAGGAACUGUUAUACGAGCGGGGAGACUACUCAUUUAACAACGCAGACAACGUGACCCUGAAAAUUGGCAAAUACCUGGUGAUCUGGAAGCUGAUUGAUGGCGAAUACAAACGUUACACCGAAAUCCUUAAUGGUGGAAACAACAACGUAUAGUAAAGAGGCUUACUAAUGAACGAAUGAUCAGCCAGUUUACCGCACCAUAUAAAGCAUAAAGGUUGCGUGACUCUUGUCACACGAGGCAUGCAGGCAACCAGUUCGAGAUAAUCUCCAUGAAAGAAUGGCAGUCACAUUUUACUGUUCACGUUUUUCUUAAGGAUCGUAAAAGACACACUGUUUUAUUGAAAAUUACUAAUGGGCUACCAAAGUGGUCUCGCAGCACGCACUGCAGUUAGUUGUCUUAAAGUUGCUUGCAAAAGUUACCUCGUGUGACAAGGCCCAUUAUAACCACAGUCACGGCUACGGCUGUAGCUAAGGGUGUUGCUAAUGACGUCAUGUUUCAACGCAUGAUGAAGCGGCAAUCCAGCUAGCUGCAGCCGUAGCCGUAGAUGCUACACAUAGCGCACUAUAUCAAAGUCCGUUCCCGCUAAUUAUUUUUAUCAGUAUUUUGGCCGCGUGAGGGCGUACAUGAACCAAUGUGCGAGUGAGUAAAACGAUCUUGGGUUUUUUCCAUCGAUACUUUUUUAUUAAUAAUGUGAUCUGUAAAUGUAUCUAGUACAAAUAGGGCCUCUUACCGUACAAUGAGCCAUUGAUACCUGUUGUAAGCCAACCAUUGAACUUUUACCUCCAUGGUCAGACCAAAAAUGCUGCCCGAUAACCUGUUGAUAUCACUCGUCCAUUUUGCCUCUUUCCUCAUUCAAAAGUAGACAACGGCGCAAACAGAGUACCCACUUAAAUACACUGGGCACUAUUGGUAAUUGCCAAAGACUAGCCUUCACAGUUGGUAUAUCUCAACAUAUGCAUAAAGUAACAA